UUUCUGGAUCCCUGGCAACCAUUCACUCCAGCACCUGUUUUACCUUCCCACCCUCAUGCCAUGGCAACAGUAUCUAGACUCAUUCUUCUUGCAUUCUACCCUCCUCUUUUUUCUUCCUCUCUUCAAAACCUAUGGUGCCUUGAUGCUAGUAUCGUGAUCCCACGCUCUGCGAAUUUCAAGCUCUUAUAUUUGUUACUUUGGCUUCUCAGCUAAUCUCUCAUUUCUUACUCUCCACCUUCCUCUCCCCAUUCCCUCAUUCUCCUUGGUUCGUUGCCCCCGGGUACCAGAUGGCACGUCUGUGUAUUCCUGGCCUUCCGUUCCGAAAGGACCCAGCCCCUACCGCGUCACGGAUAAAGUCCCAGCCAGCAUUCGCUUCGUUCCACCACUUGUCGCGAGUCACUUUCCGUCGAAAUGUCCCUUGUUACGCCCCUCGUCCGUUGACCUACUCCCAUGUGCCCACUCCAUCCCCGAGGACUGCCGUCCGAGUGUUUCAGGAGAUACGAAAGGGCUCGAAUCUCCCUGUGCGUUCGCAGGUAAGAACCAGCUCUAGUCGUUCACCCACUGUUGUUGGUCCUGCUGCGGUCAGUCGUACUUCGGUGCGACAAGCUGCGCAGGGAUCGUGGGCCCCGGCCCAAUCGACUACGAAGCCGCCGCUCCCUCUACAACCCGAACCAGCUUCAACUCCAGCUGCGUACGUGAAGAUGACUGCUCGGGAGAUGGUCGCGCGAAUCGAUGCUGUUCUUGCAAGAUCCGCAGCAACGCGGGAGGGGGCAACUCGUGCGCCUGUCUCGUGCUUGUCUGCGGUUCGUAAAGACAAGUCGAAGAAACGCGUCCGUUUCUGUGAGACCACAGAAGUCCUCACCGUCCCUCGCUGGAUCGAACGGAAGGAGCAUGCGUUUCCUGGGCCCCUCUCGUGCCUCGGUCACUUGCAAGCAUGGAAGGUUACCCCCCUCCAUGAGCCUGAUGAGGAUGGCGAGAUGGAGAAAUAUACAACAUAUUGGGGUUCCGAGUCCUAUGCCUAUCUCUCCACCCACGAUGCCACUUCGCCCGGUGACCGUUACCUAUGCGCAUGGAAUAGCUUGGCCUGGGUCCGGGCAAAGCGUCCAGCGUGGGACGACCCAAUGGUUUUCAGUGGAUGGCUUGAUAUGCGAGCGAAGCUCAGGGGACGUGGCCAUUUUAGACUGUAGAUCACAUCUUCUCUGCACCUGGAUCACGCUUUUCGCUUUUCUUCCGGAAUUCGUUUGUCCUGUUCGAGUCCUUUCGUCUGCCACUUGUUUAUACCACGACACUUUCCAAUGCUGCUCACUCCAUGGGAGGCCAUUUGAACCUGGCUAAGUGUGCCAACCAGCUAGGUAUUGCUAAUCGGGUCACAGAUGAGCUAGCCCUGCUUGCAGAGGUUGUCCGUCGUGGAUGUAAUAACGCAGCCACCGUCUGGGGUGUUAAGUCGUAUGCCCUCGCUCUAAGAGCUAGUUCCACCCUCCGAUGACGAGAAUCGGCUGACUCACCAGCACCGACGACGCCGACUGACUCACCAGUAGCUUGGUGGCUCCGUCUUCGGGAUCCCAGGCGCUGG